UGAACGGGAACUUUUAAGGUUUUGGAGUUUUUUGUUGGGAUGAAAAUGGAGCUUUUCAAUUUCAGAAUUGACUCUGAACAAUUGUAAAGUACGUUAAGAGGGGCACUUUACCCUCAAAACAUGACAACAUACGAAGGGAACAUAACAAAUAGUUGCAACGGCCAGAAAUACGAUGGGAACUGAAGCAAGAACGCAGAGUCUACUACUACUGUCGAUCUGCCGUCGGUGAUCCGAGGUGAAGGUAAGGACGUUGCAGCCACCGUCUACGAAGACGACGCAGAUCUGCCGCCGGAGACCUUACCUUGUUGAUCCAGCCUGGUCGAAGUUCGAUUUUCCCGGGGAGAAUAUUUUUUCGAGUCUCUGUGCACGAAGGUCAACAUUUGUCAUCCGCCAUUUUUAAAUCUCAAGAAUUUUCAAAUAAAAAGGGAGGGUUCUCAAGAAAUUUUAUUUACCCCAAAGUAUCGGUGUUGCAGGGACUUCGGUCCUUGGUCCUCUGCGAUCCAUCAAUAUUCACUUCUUCCUGUUGAAAGGAAGAGAAGGGGAAAUGGCGGCGAAGCAAAUGGAGGAGAUUCAGAAGAAAUUGGCUAUGCUUAAUUACCCAAGAGCAAAUGUUCCAGCACAGUCGCUCCUCUUCGCUGGCAUGGAGAGAUACGCCCUUCUUGAGUGGCUUUUCUUCAGGCUCUUGGGUGAUAAGUCGCCUUUUUCCCAACAAAACUCUCAAGGCGAUGGCAUGGACCGUGAUGAAGAAACAGGGCGUAUCCAGUAUUUGGCAGAGAUUGCGAAGUUUUUGGGUAUUACAACUACUAUAGAUACUGAAGCUAUCCAAGGGCGAGGUAGCUAUGAAGAUCGUGCUGAAAUGCUUCGCCUUAUUGUAGAUCUUGUGGAGGCAAGCUGCUAUGCUGAUAACCCUGAAUGGAGUGUGGAUGAGCAAGUGGCAAAGGACAUACAACUCAUAGAUUCCAUUGCUGAGAAACAAGCUCAAAUUUUCUCUGAAGAAUGCAAGCUGUUUCCUGCUGAUGUUCAGAUUCAAUCCAUAUUUCCAUUGCCAGAUGUUUCUGAAUUGGAAUUAAAGCUUUCGGAACAGUCAAAAAAGCUGUUGAAUCUUCAGCAGAUGGUUGACGAUUUGGCAUCAAAGUAUGCUUACAACCCAGAUGAGGAUUAUGUAGACGUUGAAGCAAAACUGAGGGAGCAUUUAGAAUCUUUUCUCGAGACUGCAAGAUCCUUCAAUCUGAUCUACACCAAGGAAAUUCGUCCAUGGACCCAUAUGAUGGAAGUACCACAGUUGCAUGGCUUUGGGCCAGCUGCCAAUCGCUUGUUGGAGGCUUAUAAAACGCUUUUGAAGUUUCUGUGGAACUUGAGGAAUCUCAAAGAUUCACAUGCUGCUGUUGCUGUUGGAUCGGCUGAAUCAGCACCAGAUGAACCCUCUUCUGUCACAAGAAUAAUUGCCGAGUGUGAGUCAGCAUUGACAUUUUUGAAUCGUGAUCUUGGGAUCCUUUCUGCUUCUGUUGCUCGAGAACGGGGUGAAGAGGCACAAUAAUAUGAAGAUGUCCUCAGAAUGUGGGUGUGUGUGUGUACAGUCUAGCUUCUAUUCAGGGCAUGUUUGUAAAUGGAAUGUUCUGUUUUAUUAUCUUUGGCUAUGAUUGGAAUGAGCAUUAAUUACUGGUUUAA